AUGGGGAUAAGUGAGAAGCAAGAAGCAUUGGUGAAGGAAUCAUGGGAGCUUAUGAAGCAAAAUGUUCCUCAACUCAGUCUCCGUUUCUUUACCUUGAUACUGGAGAUAGCACCAGCAGCUAAGGGGAUGUUCUCAUUUCUCAAGGACACAGAUGAAAUUCCAGAGAACAAUCCAAAGCUCAAAGCACAUGCUGUCAGAGUUUUCAAAAUGACUUGCGAAUCAGCAGUGCAGCUCCGGGAAAAAGGAGAAGUGGUGGUUGGGGAUACUACUCUCAAGUAUUUGGGAUCCGUCCAUGUAAAGAAAGGAGUCAUCGACCCUCAUUUUGAGGUUGUCAAAGAAGCUUUGCUAAGAACAAUCAAAGAGGCAAUGGGGGAAAGCUGGAGUCAGGAAAUGAAUGACGCCUGGGGAGAAGCCUAUGAUCAUUUGGCCUCCGCGAUUAAGGCUGAAAUGCACGCUGAAGUUGCUUCCGCUUGA